AUGAGUACCACACCCUCAAGACCAAACGGCGAUGCCGCGCCGGCUCCACCGGUAUUCUCAUAUGCACAAGCUGCCAAAGGCCGUGCUGCUGCUCCUACAGCUUCGGCCAUGCAGUCACACCAAUCAACCGCAUCCGGGGUUAGUACACCAGCUAAGGAAGCACAAUCUACAACCAAUACUCCUUCUGCGGGCUCCGAGAGAGGUGAUAGAAGUGUCAAUGGAAGUGUUGAGGCACCAAAUAAGGUCGAUACCGCAGAACCUAGUCACAAUACAGAGACCAAGGCUUCGGCUUCAUUAAAAGCCACUUCUUCUACAGCAUCCCCAAGCUUUGGCACUGCUUCAACGUCCACAUUACCGAAGGAGGACAAAGAUGAUGAUUUUGUGUUAGUUGGAGGACCUGAUUCGCAUAAAGACCGACAUAGUUCCGCCACAGACAAGGCUGCUGAGGGAGGUGAAGGUCGGAGACCUAAGAAGGGCAAGAAGCAAAAGAAUGCCGAGAAAGAGGCCGAGAAGGAGACCGAGAAAGAAAAGGAAGAAGUCAAGCCGGAGGUUUUCAUCCCCGCUCCGCUACCGACAGUGAACUUCUGGCAGCAGCGAAAGGAGGAGGCAGCUAAGGUAAAGCCGAGCCCUGUGGUCGGGCAGAGUCCACAGACCGGUGGACCAAGCUCAGGCGACUUGUCCACGCCACAUAGCAAGACAGCUGAGAAGAAACGAGGAAAGAGUGAGGAGGCUUUGAGUCCAGCGCAAAAUGGUACAUCGAAGGAUGCGCCAAAUGCCAACAAGGGACAGAAGAAAGGAGGUGAUACUCCUGGAAAGAAGGAUGAUCAAACUGGCAAGCGUGUAGGAGCUCGAGGCAGCAGAGGGAAUGAGAAGGAUGAGAAGGCACCCACGAGCCAUUUACCACCGCCAGUAGAGGAUGCUACAUCGUGGCCUACUCCUGAAACAGCACUCGAGGAAGAGAAGCGCAAGGUUCAAGAAAAACCCGCAAAGGACGAGAAGGACGAGAAAGAUGAGAAUGCUUCCAACAAGCCACGGCCAAAGGAAAAGUGGGUCCCGGUCCCAUACAUCCCAUCUGUCACAUUCAGCACACCUCUCCCGACUAGAGGAGGUCGAGGACGUGGUGGAGCUCGCGGUGGCAGAACAGAAGCUGGUGGACGUGCAGGCCAUGCAUCAAAUGGCACAGGUGAGAAGCCGCAGGGGGCUUCCACCGAAAAUCCAUCGGGUGACCGUGAUGCUAGAUCUAGCUCUGUUCCUCCUACCACCAAGAACCGGCCAUCCAACGAGCAAGCAAGUACACGUAAAGCCUCGGUUGCACAGGGAGGUGACAAGUCAAAGUCCAAUUCAUCCAAGAACGAGUCUACCAGCGAUAUUCGAAAUCUUCCCAAUGGUGGUCAGCCAGAGCAAACUUUCGAAGUUAGCCAAGACUCGCGUGGUGACAACAAGGGUCAGAGGCAAGAGCAGAGUUUCUUUGAGAAUCAGGCUUAUCAGCGAUCAAGUACUGACCGUAAGGGUGACUCAAACAUCAGAGCACCUGACCAGUUCAAGGACAGCUCAAGCUUCAAUAAGGAUGGCAUGAAUCAAAAUCGUGGGAACGAUGGCCAGUCAAAUCGUGGACGUGGUGGCUUCCGAGGGAGAGUUGGUCAUGGUACUUUUGCAAACGGGCAACCCCAUCCCCAGAAUGUCUUCACCAAUGGCCACGGAGGUCCACCACCACCUAACGGAUAUCCUGUUCGACAAGCCUCAGGUCCUUACAGUCCACCACUUCAACCUCUCCCCUUUAGCAACCAAUACGCACCACCACCUUCUCGUGGAGGUCGUGGCGGAUCCCGAUCACAGUCGAUACCAAACAACAAUAUGUAUGGACGCUACCCACCAAAUGGCAGUCUCGCACAGCACAUGUCCCCUAUACAAACCUCGAACCCAAUGUAUGAUUUCUCGCCCAUGCAAGGCCCCAUGAGCGCACAGCCAUAUCAACCUUAUAUGGACCAAGUAUCUGUUCUGGCAAUGGUCACAAUGCAGCUUGAGUACUACUUCUCCAUUGACAACUUGUGUAAGGAUGUCUUCUUGCGAAAGCACAUGGACUCUCAAGGUUUUGUUUUCUUGGCCUUCAUUGCCGGCUUCAAGCGCAUCCAAGCUCUUACUCAGGAGUUUGAACUGUUGAGGUUUGCAUGCCAGGAGUCCGAAAUCAUCGAGCUCGUCAGAGGCGAUGAUGGGCUUGAUCGGCUGCGAAGAAAGGAGGGAUGGGAGAAGUGGGUUUUGGCCAUGGAGGAGCGUGAUGAGUCUGUCAGAAAUGCCGGCCCUACCGUUCAUCAACGCUCGCAACAAAAUCAGCACAGAGGAUCCAUGGUUAUGCCAAACCAGCAUGCAAUGUCUCCGGUAGCAUUCCAAGCCAACGGCACUGACGCAGGAUUUCGCCACUAUCCCAAUGGCAACGGUGUCCCAGCACCUGUUCUAGCUAACGGUACUGAUGGAGCAUACUUUCCCGACACCCCUCUCUCAGCUGCUGUGCCCGACUUCUCCCCUGGUAUCAUGACUGGCCGUGGCCGUCCUACUGAACCUUUAGACAUCGAGACCACCUUUAGUGACGAAGAAGUUGCUCACUUGACUCUUGUUUUCAAGGCUCCUAAAGGGAGUGAGGAUUCAAAGCCAAAGUCUCCUUUCCACAGUAUGCCGUCAAGAACUUUUUCCAACGGAUCAAUUGAUGGCAGAUCGAUCGCUGAAGAACUCUAUGACGAUCAACGUCAAGGCCGAUCUCUGGCAAAUGGCUCCCAUGCGUCCGAAACCGGUUCUCCAGAUGGCCUACGUCGCUCGAGAAGCCCAUUUGGUUCUCUAUCCCCCACUCAAACCUCUUUCAGCAAUGGCCCCCCAGUCAUGUGGGUGAAGGGUCAAAAGCAACAAGCAUUCGUUUCUCCUGGUAGCUCGGAAGAGUUAUAUACCAAGUUCCGUGCCCGUGCUCUGCAACACCGAGAGACCUCGCCACCUGGCGAGAGCCAUGCUGACAUGAAGCUGCUCUAUGAGUUCUGGUCACAUUUCCUGUGUCGAAAUUUCAACGCAGCCAUGUACCAGGAGUUCCGAAACUUUGCAUUUGAGGAUGCUCAAAGUAAGGCCAUGAGCGGUGUAAACAGUCUCAUUAGCUACUACGCAGAAGUACUCAGCAGCAAGAAGAAGGUCAUUCCAAGUGUCCUUGCCCUGCACUACGUGGACUUGGUCAAGAAUGAGGAUCCUAGCGGUCCCCGUCCCGCCUUGGAGAAGCUCCGUGUCGCAUGGAGAGAUGGAGCCCUUGACAUGAAGAGCCGAAAGAGAAUCGAUAAUCUAGUUGAUUCAAAGCUUAGGGAGGAGCUUGAGCGUGCGCCGCAUCAGAAGUCAGAUUUGUCUUAA